UAUUCUUUCUAGUCUCCCUCCAUUUAUUCCCUUUGUCUUUUGCAUCCAUUCCUUCUCCAUCCACUCAAUGCUGUUUGCCUUCCCCUCACUACUAUCACCUUUUACCACUUAAUUAUCAGCUUUUCAUCACCCUCUCUCUCUCUUUCUCUCUCUCUCACUAUAUCUGUUUGUCGCUCUCCCCUUGUGCCUCUCUUUUAAUUAGGGUUUCCUCUUUAGGAGUUCUCCAUCCUUUAACAAAUCUGAGGCUUAUACCUCUCGUUGGCUUAGCCUACUUUGUCCCAGGAGAAAAAAAAAAGAGAACAGCUUCUGAAGGACCUCCAACAAGGGAAAAAAGGUACUUCCCUUUUAGUUCAUCUUAUACCAAAGAAACCUACUUCAAAAACAGUGCAGGAAAAAUGGCCUCAUCCAGCUCCUACAAUUCUCCCUGUGCUGCCUGCAAAUUCCUGAGGAGGAAAUGCAUGCCAGGAUGCAUCUUUGCACCUUACUUUCCACCCGAAGAGCCUCAAAAAUUCGCAAACGUCCACAAAAUUUUCGGUGCUAGCAAUGUGACCAAACUCCUCAACGAGCUUCUCCCUCACCAGAGGGAGGAUGCAGUGAACUCCCUCGCCUAUGAAGCAGAGGCACGUGUGAGGGACCCAGUUUACGGCUGUGUUGGAGCCAUCUCUUUCCUGCAGAGACAAGUUCAAAGGCUCCAGAAGGAGCUCGAUGCUGCAAACGCUGAUCUGCUACGCUAUUCCUACACUGACAUCUCUCCAGUAUCUCUUUCUGUGCCACCAGGACUUGCUUCAUUUCAACAAGUGCCCCAAAGGCAAUUUACUGCAAGAUUUGGUAACGAAGCAAGUGGGUUUUAUCGCCAAUCUACCACCACUGCUUAUACUUUUCCUUACGCUCUUCCCUGGACUGAUUCCUCUUCGGAGGACAUUAGUGAGGGAGGAGGAGCAGGAGGUAAUUUGUGAAUUAAGUUGGCGGUAUUAACCCUUUCUAGGGUUUAUGCUUUUUGAGGAGUGGCCUGCAAUAUUCUGAUGGCGUGAUGAUAUUAUAUAUGUCUAUUGUGGACUCUUGGACCUUGGUGUUGUGUAGCCUUAGUUGGACUCUUCUCUAGCUAGGUGACUGAAGCUCUACCGUGUCUCUUAAUUUAAUUUGUUGUUGCCUUUUCUUUUCUAGAUGAUGACCGUGUAUUGUUUAAGACUUAUAGCCAUGAACUUAGGUAGUCUUUUCUUUAGAGCCUAAAUAAGUUGGUAGAACAUGCAUAGUAAUGUAUGUGGCUACUAGACCUCUUAUCGUGUAUUAAUGCAACUCUAGGCAUGUGCUAUGUGAACCGGAAUUGACAUGUUUUUCGAUCAUUAUUUAUGAUUAAGAAUAGUAAGCAGUAACGUUAGUUAGUUGUA